AUGUCAGCCAAUCAUCGGGCGCAGUCCCACACCAGCCCAUAUGGACUCAAACGAAUCUACCUGCUGAUCUACAACACUGUUUGUGCUGCACUAUGGCUCCAGAUCCUUGUGACUGUGAUCCUCACAUUGGUAUCGUCGCCCGAUGUCUCUGAUGUAUACACAUCUGUUGAACCGUGGACACGAUUCACACAAACUUUGGCUGUUGCAGAGAUCAUCCAUGCGGCAUGCGGAAUAACACGCUCACCUGUUUUUACUACCUUCACUCAAGUGUUUGCUCGCUCAACUCAGGUCUGGGCUGUGAACCAUGCGUUCCCUGAGAUGACUUCCACCUCCCGUGCUUACGGAGCCAUGCUCCUUGCUUGGUCAACCGCAGAUGUCAUUCGGUAUUCAUACUUUGCGACGAUGUUGGCAGGUUUGGAAAACUCCACGGUUUUGAAAUGGCUCAGAUACUCUCUCUUUGUGAUACUCUACCCAGUUGGAAUCGGAAGUGAAUGGUGGUUGAUGUAUAGUUCCACCAAAUUUACUGGCAAUAUCGCAGUUCUGGCAUUGUUUUAUUUUUUCCUGGGGCUAUACGUUCCUGGAUCGGUGAUGAUGUAUAAGUACAUGCUGAAGCAGCGGCGGAAGGUUCUCGCUUGA